AUGGUGCGACUGCUAAACUACCUCUUGCUGGGCUACCUGACCUGGAAUCUACGGAUAUCAGACGCACAAGGGGAGUACUGCCAUGGGUGGCUGGACAGUAAUGGAAAUUACCACGAAGGCUUUCAGUGUCCGGAGGACUUUGACACCAUGGACGCGACCGUGUGCUGCGGGUCUUGCUCCCUACGGUACUGUUGCGCGGCUGUGGACGCACGGCUGGACCAGGGAAGCUGUACCAACGACAGAGAACUGAAUAACACGGAGUUUGCAGCGCGUAAGUUUAGACUACCAAAGCAGAGCCUGGCAGGAGUGGACAAGUUAAUGCACAAUUAACUUCAAAAAGUGGAAGUGUUGUUAUUAUAUUACAGCCAAAGAUUUCCAAAGAUUCAAUAUAGUUAAAUAGUUCAACAUUCAAUAUCUCGACACGCUUCUAAUGAGCCAUGCAUGUCACUCAAAUGAGAGUCAAGUCUGUGUCACCAUUCAGCCUCUUCAGGUCAGUUUCAGGCAUGAAUAGCCUACAUAUUUCAUUAUAAAACGUUUUUGUUUUCAAUCAGUCUUAGUUAUAGUAUAUAUUAUUAAGAUUAAAUAUAACCUAUUAAUCCAUAAAUUUCUUAGCCUAUUUUUAAAUAAUCUAUAAAUCCAUAAUAUUUUUUAGCCUAUUUUUAAAUCAUUUAAAUGCCAAAAAUGACAUCCAUAUAAUAGUCAAAAAUAAUAAUAAUCAUGCUAUUAUCUAUAUAUCUAUCACAGCCUAUGUGUUGUUUUCAUAAGUAUAUUGUCCAAAGAAUCUCCUUAAAAUGUAUGUUGUCAUUUUGAAACCUAACAUAAGCACUAAAAGGAACUUCUCAUUUAGUUAUAACAAUGUAAAGCUCUAUCAAGAUGCAGAAAUGACAGCCCAUCUUGAUUUACGCAGAACUUGAUUUACAAAGAAACUUUGUGGGGUGUAAGCACUAAGCAGCUCCAAUUUCAUGCAUGUGGGGCACCAGUUGUUUUGGCUUGGGCUUCAUUUGACAUCAGGUUAGGUAGAUUGUUAUCGGCCCCCAAAAAAAGGAAACGAAAAGUGGGCAUGCGAUACACCUGGAGUUUCACCAUCAAGGCCGGAUGAAGAAAUCAUAGGCCCCGGGGAUUUGAUUUUUAUAGACAGCCCUGGUCACCAUAGACCAUGGCUGGAAAGUAGUAGGGUGUGAAAAGUAGUAUGCAACCAUGCAACGUUGUAAUAAUCCUACAAUUUAAAUGAUAACUUUGCACACCAAUGGCAGAAUAGCUUAUGCCCUACUGUAUCCAAAGGUGACAUCAAAUCGCCAUCAGAUGUGUAUUCGAUACGCCUGUGUAGCAGGGGUCAUUAGUUUAUAAUUAAUUUCUAAUUUAAAAAGAAGAGUUUUCAUACAUAUGGAAUUAUUCAUCAGCAUUAGUUCCAAAUGUAUACCAUUUAGGGAAUAAAACUGAAACAUAUAUUUUUUAAACUAAUUUCACAAAAUCACUCAAUUUAAUGGUCGCCCAAGUUGCUAAUACAAUUUCCUGUUUUUUAUGAAAAUAAAUACAUUUAAGGUGUAAUGUGAACGUUUAAUCUAUAUUUUGGAGAAAUACAUUGUCUUCAGAAAAAUGCAUGAAUGAACAUUCGCACAGUUUACUUUUGCAUAGUCCAUUUCAGGCCUAAAACAAAAAUAUAUAGAGCCAUUGACUCAACACAAGAAAUAGAAGUCUGACUGAAAUAAAACUUAGCUAAAUGAUAGGCCUAUUAAUAACUACAAAACACCUGGUUUUGUAGGUGCAUGUGGGUUACAUGACAUUUACAAAUAUAUAAUGCCUUUUAACACUUAGAAUACAUUGUAUUAAGACAGCCUAACUGUAGUUGGUUAUUUUUAUAGUAGCAAAUAUAUAUAUUUUUUGCAGCACUGCAUUGCGUAAUACACCCCAGUAGUCUUCUUACAUUGUAUUAUGAUCCAGAAACAUUUACUACCAGUCUGACAUUAAAAUGGGCUAUUGAAAAUAUUUUUGCAACAACUAGCAACAAUAAAAAAUUAUGUCUUGUGAGUUAAUGUAAAUAAAUAUUGGAUUUUGAGGGGAUUUAGGAAGGUUAGGAGUAACAUUUGACCUUUGUCUUCAAAAACGUAUUUUCUUCUGAACCCUUUCCAUAAAAAAUGUGUAAUUCUGGACUCUGUAGAAAACAGAAAGAUAACAAAUUAUUUCACAGAUAUCUUAUUCAAUCAAGAUGUGUUCCCAUAUGUCUGUACAUGUUUGCAAUACAGUUUAUUACGCAAACAUAUUUUCACUGACUCCAAAUAGAGUUGAGUAUAAACUCCACUUCUCAUUGGCCCUGUUACUUUAUGAAUAAAUCCUUCCUAGUUUCCUUGAGGUGAGCACAGGUAUGUAAGGGAUUUGUUAGGUGUAAGCAAUGUUACCACCCUAUUGCUUUCACCAAUCAAACCAGUAUUCAGAUCUGUGAUUGCUUCAAGGAAGGUAAAGGGAUGCAUUUUCAAGUUUUUAUACAGGUAUUCAAGUUAUCAAGUAUUCAAACACCUAUUCCUCCUUGCAGAGCCCAUCUACGUGCCCUUCUUGAUGGUGGGCUCCAUCUUCGUGGCUUUCGUGGUGGUGGGCUCCCUGGUUGCCGUCUACUGCUGCACCUGCCUGCGGCCCAAGCAGCCUACCCAGCAGGCUAUCCGCUUCUCACUGCGCAGCUGCCAGGGCGAGACCAUCCCCAUGAUCCUGACCACUGCGCCACCCAGCCUGCGCACACCCUCACGCCAGUCCAGCACGGCCACCAGCUCCAGCUCAGCUGGCGGGAGCAGCUCGGUGCGCCGCUUCUCCCUCGGAGGUCAGGGGCAGGGGCAGCAGCACGGGUGCUUGGUGUCAGCAUCUGCACCAAGCACCCGCGUCUCCACCUCCCCCUCCAUGUCCCAGCCGCUGCUGCCACCACCCCCUCCGCCCCCCUACACCUCCCCCGCAGCCUGCAUGCCAGGCGGCCGCCAGCACCCUCACCCCCAUACCCAGCUGCAGCUGCACCAGCCCAUGCACCCACACCAACAUCCUCACCCAGCCCAGGGCACGGGCUUCCUGCUGCCCCAGCAGUACUUCUUCCCCCUACAGCCGGAGCCCUUCUCCGGGGCUAAGGGCUUUGCAGACUUUGGACAGAGCUGA